AUGACAGUGAGGAAGAGGAGGGGAGGUCUCCGGUGGUGUCCGAGCAGCAACUUUGCCAGAGAAACGGAGAAUCACCGACAGAAAGUCCGCGAAGCGAGUGGCGGAUAGGGCUCAGAGCGGUGCUGUGACCCGGCAAUUUCCCGGGGGAUUGAGUUGUGAGACAGAGGCCGAGGUCGCGCUGAAGCAGGUGACGGUGUCAUGGCUGCCUUCUUCACCGACUUACCCUCCUAAACAUCUCAGGAACAUAACCAUCGUAGAAACUGCCCGUCUGAGGAAUCGAAUCAAACGCACACAGUACAAGACGUGCGUGCAUGCGAGGGAUGACGACCUCCCAUCUGAAUGGCCAUGUUGCUGGAGAGGGAGGAGGAGAUGAAGAGGCGAGGGGAGGACAGCAGCACCGAGAAAUGGCCGUGGACUGUCCGGGAGACCUGGGCAGCCGAACGCUGCCUCUGCGACGCUCCGCUCAGCUGGAGAGGAUACGACAGCAUCAGGAGGACCUUCGGCGUCGUAGAGAAGAGGAGGGUCGGCAGCUGGAUCUGAACGCCUCACUCAGACUCAGGAACCUCUCCCAGAAUCCCUACAGCGGGAUCGACAACCCCACAUUCCUGCAAGACACACCGCAGCUGCCAGCGCUCAGCAGCCAGCACACACACGCGCUGCUGGAGUUGGAGGAGCUGCUGCUGUCGCUGAAGCAGGUCCGGGGCAGCCUGUCGGACCAGCAGAGUCACAAUGACAUCGAGUUGGUCCUCGCUCUGCUGAACAAGUCGGACUUCCAGUCGGCGCUGAAGAUCCACAAUGCCGUGGCCAGCAGCAUGCACCGACCGUCUCCGCCGUACCCCAACACGCAGCAGGCGCUUCCACUCGCCAUGGAGGUCAGGAACCUCCUGCAGGCGUGUCACAAUAAAGAAGGCCUGGAGCUGCACAGCCUGCUCUCAGACACACAUCUGCAGUCGUUGCUUCUGACCCAUGACAGCAUAGCAGAGAUGGAGAUGCAGCUGGAGCCGCUGCCCGCCGAGGGCGAGAUGCUGACGCAGUGGGGAGGAGAGACCGUGAAGAUUGUUCGCAUCGAGAAGGCCCGAGACAUCCCUCUGGGGGCGACGGUGCGGAAUGAAAUGGACAGCGUGGUGAUCAGUCGGAUCGUUCGCGGCGGCGCCGCUGAACGAAGCGGGCUUCUGUCUGAAGGAGACGAAAUCCUGGAGAUUAACGGCAUCGAGAUCCGAGGCAAAGACGUCAACCAGGUGUUUGACAUCCUGGCCGACAUGCACGGCCUCCUGACCUUCGUGCUGAUUCCCAGCAAUCAGAGCAAACCUCCUCCCGUCAAAGAGAGUGUGGUCCACGUGAAGGCUCAUUUCGACUACGACCCCUCGGGACCCUACGUGCCGUGCAGAGAGCUCGGCUUGUCCUUCCAGAAGGGAGAUAUCCUGCACAUCAUCAGCCAGUCCGACCCCAACUGGUGGCAGGCGUACCGGGACGGAGACGAGGAUAACCAGCCGCUCGCUGGCCUGGUUCCAGGGAAGAGUUUCCAGCAGCAGAGAGAAGCCAUGAAGCAAACCAUAGAAGAAGACGAGCCCGAGAAGUCCGGGAAGCUCUGGUGUGGGAAGAAGAACAAGAGGAAGAGGAAGAAGCUGCUGUACAACCCUCACAGGAACGACGAUCUCGAUAAUGAAGAAAUUCUCACCUAUGAGGAGAUGGCGCUGUACCACCAGCCGGCCAAUAGGAAGCGGCCAAUUGCUCUGAUUGGUCCGAGCGGCUGUGGGCAGGAACAGCUCAGGCAGCGGCUGCUCAACAGUGAACCAGAGCGCUUCGCUGGAGCUGUGCCUCACACGACGCGGAGCCGUCGCGAGGGCGAGCAGAGCGGUCGGGACUAUCACUUUGUUUCUCGGCAGACCUUCGAGGCUGAGCUGGCGGCUGGGAAGCUGAUCGAGUCCGGAGAGUUCGAGAAGAAUCUGUACGGGACGAGUACGGACUCAGUGAGACAGGUCAUCAACACCGGGAAAAUCUGCGUGCUGUGUCUGCACACACAGGCUCUGAAGGUGCUGAGGAGUUCAGACUUGAAGCCUUACAUAAUCUUCAUAGCUCCGCCCUCCCAGGAACGACUUCGAGCUUUAUUGGCUAAAGAAAACAAGAACCCCAAGCCCGAGGAGCUGCGUGACAUCAUCGAGAAGGCGCGUGAGAUGGAGCAGGGCUGCGGUCACCUGUUCGACUCCAUCAUCGUGAACACGGAUCAGGACAAAGCUUUCACCGAGCUGCUGAGACUCAUCAACAAGCUGGACACGGAGCCGCAGUGGGUGCCCUGCUCCUGGCUGCGCUGAACGAACACACACGCGCACACACACACACACACACGAACACACACACACACACUGAGCUAGGGGGUGGCGUCAGGACAGAAAUCAUCUGAGAUUUUGAAUCAAACUGGAUCAUAACUGUUCGUGUUUGUUAUUAAGGGCAGAACGAGGCCUGCUGAGCAACAAUAAAAUCAUAAUCGACUAACGAGA